AUGGAUGGAGACGGUGGCAGACCUUCAGAUGAGUUGGGUUGGCCCAAAAGACAAUUGAAACGUGUGGUUGGUCAAUAUGGAUGGAUGGGUUGGUCGAAUGAAAGAGGCGAAAGAAGUGAAGGAAGAUGUGUAACAGAAGAUGUGACUCACCUGGAGGGAACGAGGGAACUUGGAAGAAGUUCAUGGUUGGGUUUAGCUUGGUGGGAUAAUCUCGAGGUCAGGCUGACAUCUGAACGCACUAAGGAAAUGCACCAGGAAAUGCACCAGGGAAAUGCACCCAAAUCGGAAAAUAAAAGAUUGGAAAUUAUGGGAAAUUCAUCUUCUUGGGCCGGUUAUCUUAUUUUUGGGUUUGGGGUCAUCAGAGAGGUUGAGUGA